GGGAGUCCAAGCGUCGAGCGCGGGAGAAUCUGUGCGCCUGGCCAUCAUGAAGAAGCCACGCACUGCUGUGGCAAGUUGUAGGAAACAGGUAUCCAGCCAGAAGGGAAGGAAGAAGCGUGCCCUCAGCAGCAGCCAGACCAAGUCUUCGACCCCUGAUGUCCUGGCAGGCCAGGUCAAGCAGGAAGAGACAGCGCUGCAGAUCUCUGUCUCCCCUUAUCAUCUCUUCAGAGACCCAGCUGAGGUUGCCAGCUUCCGGAAGAGCCUUCUGUGCUGGUAUGACCAAGAGAAGCGGGACCUGCCGUGGAGAAGGAAGGCAGAGGAUGAAGUGGACCCUGACAGGCGGGCAUACGCCGUGUGGGUGUCAGAGGUCAUGCUGCAGCAGACCCAGGUGGCAACUGUGAUCGACUAUUACACCCGAUGGAUGCAGAAAUGGCCGACGCUGCAGGAUCUGGCCAAUGCUUCCCUGGAGGAGGUGAACCAGCUCUGGGCCGGCUUGGGCUACUAUUCGAGAGGCCGGAGGCUCCAGGAAGGGGCCCGGAAGGUGGUAGUAGAGCUGGGGGGCCACAUGCCACGGACAGCGGAGACCUUGCAGCGAAUCCUGCCCGGCGUGGGCCGGUACACAGCUGGAGCCAUCGCUUCCAUCGCCUUUGGCAAGGCAGCUGGUGUGGUGGACGGGAACGUGAUCCGGGUGCUGUGUCGUGUUCGGGCCAUCGGUGCAGAUCCCAGCAGCACCAUGGUGUCCCAGCAGCUCUGGAGCCUGGCCCAGCAACUGGUGGACCCAGCCCGGCCGGGAGACUUCAAUCAAGCUGCCAUGGAGCUGGGGGCGACCGUAUGUACCCCGCAACGCCCACUCUGUAGCCAGUGCCCUGUGCAGAGUUUUUGCCGGGCAUAUCAGAGGGUGGAACUAAAGAAGCUCGUCGCCUCCCCAAGCCUGCCCAGCCCUGAUGUGGAGGAGUGUGCUCCCAACACUGGACAGUGUCUACUGUGUGCGCCUCCCACGGAGCCCUGGGACCAGACUCUAGGUGUUGCCAACUUUCCUAGGAAGGCCAGUCGCAGGCCACCCAGGGAGGAAUGUUCUGCCACCUGUGUUCUGGAGCAGCCUGGAGCUCCUGGGGGUGCCCGGAUUCUGCUUGUUCAGAGGCCCAACUCAGGGCUGCUGGCAGGAUUAUGGGAGUUUCCAUCUGUGAUUGUGGAGCCCUCAGCACAGGGGCAGUGUCAUCGCCAAGCUCUACUGCAGGAACUGCAGGCUUGGGCUGGGCCCCUUCCAGAAGCCCACCUCCAGCAUCUGGGGCAGGUGGUCCACAUUUUCUCUCACAUCAAACUGACUUACCAAGUUUAUGGGCUGGCCCUGGAUGGGCAGACCCCAGUGACUAUCACACCACCUGGUGCCCGCUGGCUGACCCGAGAGGACUUCCACACUGCCGCUGUUUCUACUGCCAUGAAAAAGGCACCACCUUUGUUUUGUUUUCCACGUUGUAUUCCGUGUAUAUGA